AUGACUGAUGCUCGAGUACUAUUCUUCGACAUCCCUGAUUUUGACCGCAAAUACUUCUUGCAAGUGGAUCUGGAGUUCCAAACUUACAGAGGCUUCCGGGAGCUUGGUGCACGAGCUCCAGCUCUCGCUACCACGCUCCACUCGUGGAUCUUCCGCGCAUGCCUGACCAUGCGGGGCUCAGCUGACGGCUCGAAGACGGCAUCGGUACUCGAUAUGUACAACCAGGCUAUUGAAGCCCUGGAGUGGGGCUACCGGACUCGUCAGGAUGUUCCCAAUACUGAGCACAGGGGCAUUUUCCAAGAGACAUUCUUGCGCAAGCUCAAGUGCCUCAGGAUGGAGUGCUAUGUCGACAUGUAUUACGAGGACAAGACGAAGUAUCUGCUACAGCAUGUGUACGAAGAGGCGAAAGGGAUCCUCCACGAACUUGUCUCUGCAGCUCCUCCGGCGGAGAAUAUCGCACCGUCCUGCAAGCUUGCAUUCUACGUUUACCCUCGUGCGCUCGCGAACAUGACCAUUGCCAUAUACUACUAUGAGCUCGCUGAUGGAGCUCGUAAGGACAAUGAUUACGAGAGUGUGAAGAAGUACUUCUGCCAAGCGGCCGAUUACAGCGCGCAUGCUGCGACGGACUAUCCGCAGGAUGACGAGGAGCAUCUCGGAGCCCUCGUAUUCUUAUUUGAGAUGAUGUUCUUCUCCGGCGCACACACGGUCAAAGACUUGCUCGACGUGAUGCACCGGGUCCGCCUCGCGAUGCCAAAGGCGAACAAGUUCUGGGAGGGCUCUUCGAAAAUUGUGCAGUUCCGGAAGAACGCUCGAGACAUGCAGGCGAGGUCGGACAAGCUCGUGCGCGCGGUCCGUGCGGGCGAUCUGAUGAUGGCGAGCAAGGUGGCAAAGCCUGGUGUGUACCCGCCUGAUGUGUACUCGCCUGAUUUGUACCUAUAAUCCCAGACCUAGUUCCUCGGCGCCCAGCGCUCUGUAGCAGAGACGGUUCCUCCUAGUUAGCAUGGCUUAUUUGUAUGACUGUACUGGAUUUGUAUCAUUUAUGGAGAACGCAUAACGAACAUUUCACUCAUCGAAGUUAUCCAUAGAAUACAUUCCG